CCAGCGCGCCGUUCUGUCACCACCCAGUUUCCAAGGUUCGCGAUCGACAGUCUGUCAAAGAAGCAGCGCACAAGGCCGGGCGGCGGCAUUCUUCACGCUCCCCUUUGAUGAAGGACCGCCGCAGUUGAAACACGAGCGGCAGGCUGCGCGGCCAGUAAAGUGCGCGUUUCAGUCGCAUUCCUCGUCGUCGCCUAGCGUCCCUUUUGCGCAGCGCCCCCGCGAACCCUGCCAACCAGCCCGGCCAAGCUUGCAGCUUGCACCACUAGGCCCCUUUUGUGGAUGCGGCGCAUCUCCACCCUCAGCUGCUCCCAGACAUUUCUCCUCCCAGCCUUUAUCAAUACCCGCUCCCGCCUCAGCUGCCUCUCCGCUUUUCUUCCCUCGUUGCAAUUCUCCCCCCCAUCGCCGCCCAUCACUGCCCUCCCCAUCCGCGCUGCUAGGCCCCUGGACCGCUGUACGUCAUGGCCUACCAAGGACCUGGAGGAAACGCCUAUGGCGACCCGCACUCAGGACAUCCCUACGACGCCCGGCACGGCUCUGACGACGACGAGGUCGGCCGCUCGCUGCUGCACUCGAAUCCCACCGGAGCCAACCCCGGCCCCUUUGAUGACCAGCAUGGCGUGUACGGCCACGAUGUGCGGCCGCAGUCCACCUACAGCUUGACCGAGACAUACGCCUCAGACGCACCCACCGUCGCGCGCUAUCCUGUCGAGUCGCACACCGGCUCCGACGUCUACUCGGCCACCGGCGGCCACUACGACCCGGCUGCUGAGUUUGGCGCACCACACAGAGCGCCCUCGCCAUAUGCGAGGAGCGAGACGAGCUCCACAGAGGCAUGGAGACAGCGGCAGCAGCCCGGCGGCGGUGCGGCUGGCGGCCUCAAGCGCGGCAUGACCCGCAAGGUCAAGCUCGUGCAGGGCUCCGUUCUCAGCGCCGACUACCCGGUGCCCAGCGCCAUCCAGAACGCCAUCCAGGCCAAGUACCGCAAUGACCUAGAGAGCGGUAGCGAGGAGUUCACCCACAUGCGAUACACGGCCGCGACAUGCGACCCCAACGACUUCACGCUCAAGAAUGGCUACAAUCUGCGGCCGGCCAUGUACAACCGCCACACGGAGCUUUUGAUUGCCGUCACAUACUACAACGAGGACAAGGUGCUGACGGCCCGCACGCUGCACGGUGUCAUGCAGAACAUCCGCGACAUCGUGAACCUGAAAAAGUCCGAGUUCUGGAACAAGGGUGGCCCGGCUUGGCAGAAGAUCGUGGUCUGCCUCGUUUUCGACGGUAUCGAUCCCUGCGACAAGGGCACGCUCGACCUGCUUGCCACGGUCGGCAUCUACCAGGACGGCGUCAUGAAGAGGGACAUUGACGGCAAGGAGACCGUUGCUCACAUUUUCGAGUACACGACUCAAUUGUCAGUCACGCCGAACCAGCAGCUGAUUCGCCCGCACGACGACAGCGCCAGCACGCUUCCCCCGGUGCAGAUGAUGUUCUGUCUGAAGCAGAAGAACAGCAAGAAGAUCAACUCGCACAGAUGGCUCUUCACUGCCAUUGGCCGCAUCCUGAACCCCGAGGUCUGCAUUUUGCUCGAUGCGGGUACCAAGCCCGGCCCGAAGUCGCUCCUCGCCCUCUGGGAAGCCUUCUACAAUGACAAGGACCUCGGUGGCGCUUGCGGUGAGAUCCACGCCAUGUUGGGCAAGGGCUGGAAGAACCUGCUCAACCCGCUCGUUGCCGCGCAGAACUUCGAGUACAAGAUCAGUAACAUUCUGGACAAGCCGCUAGAGUCGUCUUUCGGCUACGUCUCCGUGUUGCCCGGUGCCUUCUCGGCCUACCGCUACCGCGCCAUCAUGGGCCGCCCGCUCGAGCAGUAUUUCCACGGUGACCACACGCUCGCCAAGAUCCUCGGCAAGAAGGGUAUCGAGGGCAUGAACAUUUUCAAGAAGAACAUGUUCUUGGCCGAAGAUCGUAUUCUCUGUUUCGAGCUGGUCGCCAAAGCCGGCUCCAAGUGGCAUCUUACCUACGUGAAGUCUUCCAAGGGUGAAACCGACGUGCCCGAAGGCGCUGCCGAGUUUAUCGGUCAGCGCCGUCGUUGGCUGAACGGUUCGUUCGCCGCCGGUAUCUACUCCCUGAUGCACUUCGGCCGCAUGUACAAGAGUGGCCACAACCUCAUCCGCAUGUUCUUCUUCCACAUCCAGAUGUUGUACAACACCUUCACCACCUUCCUCUCCUGGUUCGCCCUGGCUUCUUUCUGGCUUACAACUGCUGUUAUCAUGAAUCUCGUCGGCACACCCUCCUCGGACGGUAAACGCAAGGCAUGGCCUUUUGGAAAUGAUGUCACCCCGAUCUUCAACACGGUUCUUCAGUACCUCUACCUCGCUUUCUUGGGCUUGCAGUUCGUCCUCGCGCUCGGUAACAGGCCCAAGGGUUCGAGGUGGUCAUAUAUGACAUCCUUCAUCGUGUUCGGCGGCAUCCAGUUCUACGUCAUCAUCCUCUCCAUGUACCUCGUCGUCCAGGCUUUCACCAACGGCCAGUCACAGGGUCUCGAUACAUCGUCAACGCAGGCCUUUGUCGACUCGUUCUUUUCCUCGAGCGGUGUCGGUAUCAUCAUUAUCGCCUUGGCCGCAACUUUUGGUCUCUACUUCGUGGCCUCGUUCCUCUACCUGGACCCGUGGCACAUGUUCACUUCUUUCCCGCAGUAUCUCCUGGUCAUGUCGUCCUAUGUCAACAUUCUCAACGUCUACGCCUUCAGCAACUGGCACGACGUUUCUUGGGGUACCAAGGGUUCUGACAAGGCCGAUGCGCUUCCCUCAGCCAAGACGGAGAAAGGGUCCGACGGAAAGCACACUGUUAUCGAGGAGCCGGAUCUGCCCCAGGCCGAUAUUGACAGCCAGUUCGAAGCUACUGUAAAGCGGGCAUUGGCUCCCUACGUACCGCCUGUCGAGACCACGGAGAAGACGCUCGAGGACUCGUACAAGUCUUUCAGAACGCAUCUUACGACUGCAUGGAUUGGGUCCAACGCUACUCUUGCCGUUGUUAUUACACAGGAGAACUUUGACAAGUUUGGUUUCUCGUCUACCGCCUCCGCUCGUACCGCCCGCUUCUUCCAGGCUCUCCUGUGGGCGACUGCCUUCCUCUCCAUCAUCCGUUUCCUCGGUUGCCUGUGGUUCCUUGGCCGCAGCGGUCUCUUCUUCUGCGUCAGGAGGAGGUAAAGGACAAACAGCGGCAAUGUACGAAAUCAAUCUCCCAAUCCGCAUUCACGACGGCCGUGGCAUUUGCGUGCUUUGAUUCCCCCUAAUCUCAUGUUCCGAUAUUCGGGUGCUGGCGUUUUAGGUGUCCUCCAGACUUCCAGCAGGCUGGUGCUGCGCAAGUCUUUACCACCAACAUGGGGUAUACAAAAAUUUAUCAAAGACACGAACGAAUUGGCAGCAAACCCCCCUUUGUACUACCUCUAUAUUUGCAUUCAGGCAUCCCCCCUCAUGACUCCCCUUUUCUUCCGGCCAGUUGUAGUUUGCUUGUUGAGGAUAUGGAAGACCAGCUGGCGAGCAAAUGUGGUGGAAUGGUAUCUUUGGGAGUGAGUUGGGGGGUGGUUGUUGGUUGGAUUAAGCCUGUUUUUUUU